ACCUCAUUCAUCCGCAGUAUGGCGGCGCCGGGCAGCAGCGUGCUGUGCCUCUUCGAUGUGGACGGGACCUUGACCGCCCCCAGGCAGAAAAUCACAGCAGAAAUGGCAGAUUUUCUGCAGAAGCUGCGGAAGAAGGUGAGAGUUGGAGUUGUAGGUGGUUCAGACUUUGACAAAGUUCAAGAGCAGCUGGGAGACGAUGUGGUUGAAAAAUUUGACUACGUCUUUCCAGAAAAUGGUCUUGUAGCAUACAAAGAUGGGAAAUUUUUGUGCAAGCAGAGCAUUCAAAGUCACCUGGGUGAGGACCUGCUCCAAGAUCUAAUCAACUAUUGUCUGAGUUACAUUGCAAAGAUUAAACUGCCAAAGAAAAGGGGUACUUUUAUUGAGUUCCGAAAUGGGAUGCUGAAUGUCUCCCCUGUUGGGAGAAGCUGCAGCCAGGAAGAGCGAAUUGAGUUCUAUGAACUUGAUAAAAGGGAACAUAUAAGAGAGAAAUUUGUAGCUGAUUUACAAAGAGAAUUUGCAGGAAAAGGCCUCACAUUUUCUAUAGGGGGGCAGAUAAGCUUUGAUGUAUUUCCAAACGGCUGGGAUAAGACAUACUGCUUAGGAAUUGCCUGCAACGAUGGAUACAAGACUAUCUAUUUCUUUGGAGAUAAGACCAUGCCAGGUGGAAAUGAUUAUGAAAUCUACACAGACUCUCGAACAGUAGGCCACAGCGUCACAUCACCAGAGGACACAAGAAGAAUCUGUGAAGAGCUCUUUUUUUAAAUAAAUGACUGUUUUCCUUUAGAUUUGACAGCAGCCAAACACUCUGUUAGCUAAAGUCACGAACAAAUACCAAUCCCUUCAAACAUGAAAUUUCACUUCUUUCCGGUGGUGUUUUUUCUUAAUGGUUCACAAACAGCAAAUGUCCUGUUAAUCAUACAUCACUAGCAAAAUUCAGUGUUGAUUUGUCAAGUAUAGCAAAAUUUGUUUAGGAACAACUCUUUUGUAUUCCCAUAGACACAAGUUUAAUUCAUGCAUCUGACGAAGUGGGUGUUCACCCACGAAAGCUCAUGGUCCAAAACGUCUGUUAGUCUAUAAGGUGCCACAGGAUUCUUUGCUGCUUAAUUCAGUUAUGUACUGAUGUCUUUUUAAAAAUGAGUUAUCUAACUAGGAUAUGUAGAUUCAGCUGUUUUUUCUCUGAAGUGGUACAUUUGGGAACAUAAUUGAAAACUCCUACAACUAGACAUUUUUGGCUCAAAUUAACACUACCUGAUUUAACUCCUCAUAGGUUAAAAUUAAAAAUUCACUGGCAUAUUUGAUUCCUAGUAAUGUUAGUUUUGGAUUUAGAUGUAGUGGAUUCUGUGAUAAGGGAGGAAUGACACCAUUAAGCUAAUGUGCUUUAAAAACAGGUGUAGUAAAAAAGAGGGAGCGAGACUUGUGACCUUCAAAUAAAGUAAUCUCUGCAUCCAAAGAGGUUUUCUUACCUAAUGAAAUGGGACCUGUGGGGAAAAGCUGGCAAUUAAGAAAUGCCCAUUUCUUAACACUGGAAAUACUGAAACAGACUUAAGCUAUAGUGAAUUCUGUUUUCUGAUGGAAGAUCCUUAAAAAUGACCUGCAAAAGGGUGCUGGAGGGACUAAUGUAUGCCUUUCUCUCUUUCUUUUUUCCUGCUUUCUAUACUUUAUAAAGAACACUGCGGUUUUUGUUUGGGGUGGAGGUUUUUUUCUCAAGUCGUCUUGUUUUACCUGAAAGCCUGGAGGACCAAUUAGUUCCACUUCCAAUGCCAUAAACAAACAUCUCUUCCCUUCUCAGUUAAGCUGUGUUGCUAACUGCAGUUCAACCAAAUAUUUGAGCUAAAGAGCCAACAUGGCUCCCAUCGUCCUCUAAGGUUAACUCCAGCAAAAUUACUGAUGCUUAGAUGUGUGCUUUAAAUAUAACAAACUGUCACAAAAGGCCCAGCACCUUUAUCUCUGUGUAAAUUACCUUUAAAAUGUCUCACUCUUUACUGUGUUUUCCUUGCAAAGUGUAACUGUCACAUCUAUGAGUGUAGAUAGUAACAGUGUAGGAUAAUUAACUUGUCAGAACAUUAAUCAUGCCUUGCAAACUAGUCUGUACUGAGAGAGAGGGGUUUGUAUAUUUAAUAACAAGUUGAAGAAUCAACUAUGUGAGAUAGUAGCAAAGCAGAAUGUUGCCCGUACUGUACAUUCUGGUCUAAGAGCAGAUCCUAGAGUGUUAGUUAUACAGGGAAAUGAUAGUGCUGCAACAAAUUGUUCACACUGCAUUGCACACUAAAAGUAAUGUGCAUACUGAAGGUUUUAAACUAUUUUAGAUUUUGUAUGAAGCUUAAAUGGAAGAUGAAAGUUGGAAAACCUGGGAUACAAGUUACUAUUUGUUGUUGUGAGCCGAAGACUUCAAGGCACUGAGAAACAAGUUUGGUACUGAAUUUUGUCUCAUGCAUACAAAUAAGCCUCUAUGUAAACAAAAAACAGCUUGCAGACAAACCAGUGAACAGGAUAUGACUAAAGCUGACCAAAGUACUCAGAAUGAGCCACAAUGCCCCACAGGUGGGGUUAGUUCAACCUUAGUGUAAUUUCAUUGGUCAAAAGGCAAUGCAAAUGUUAUUUAAGUCACUGGAAAGCUUGUCAUAGGCACCUGCACUGAGAAUACUGCAGCCCCCUCUUUUUUUACUCUUCAGUUACUGUGGUUCAUGUGUCUUGUAUCAGAGUCCUGAAUGUUACAGUAUUACCUAGUUUUUCAUUGCCUUAUAUACGUAAACGCAACCUCUUUGUAACAAAAAAUAUCAAUCUGCAGCUUAGUAAGGGGAAAUACUGCUUAUUACUGCUGAAGUGACCUAGUCCUAAGAGAAUUGGGCUGAAUUUGUCAUCUAUGGCAGGGAUAGUCAAUAAGUGGACCACAGGCCAAAUGCAGACUGAAUGGACAGUAUCAUUAGUGGUGGUGUUUUUGUAUUAUGUAGGCAAAAAAAUAAUUGAGUACCUCUGUUCUAUGGUAUUGCUGUUUUCCCUCUCUUGGUCAAAGUUGUUGACUGGCCUGAGACAAAGCUCACUGUGUGUAUGCUAGCAACACUGAAAUUACCUUUUAAAAAAAGGAACAGCUCUGCAUAUUGCUCUCAUUAGCAGUGUAAAAGGCACAGAACUAACCUUGUUCAUGUAGUGUUGGGUUUUUUUGUACUGUUGCCAAUCCAUUUUCUAGAAGAUGGUUAAAAAGAACUUUAGGAAGCUCCAACCCUUCCUGUGUUUUUCAGCCCAUCAUUCAAGAGACUCAUCUGAUACAGCUUUGACUGAUGUUUCAAUAUACAAUUUCCUGAGUCUGUCUUAGCACACAUUUGUUCUAGUACGAGCUGUCUGAAUUGUCUUCACAGCUCAGUCUUUGUGUGCUAAGGAGCUUUUUGCUAUUGUCAGAUGAUGUUAGCAGUCAAGAUGUUUUAUCCCCAUGGGCCACACCCCUGUAAGAGUCACCCAUGCAUGCGCAACAGAAGAAUGCAAAGCAGUUUCUGCAACACAAAACGGGAAGCAUGGCCCCCUACCACCACUCUAUGCUUGCUCACUUGAGCGGCAGCACUGAGGGAUAGGCACGCAGGCAGUGGCACGCUCAUAGGGACAAAAGAUCUCAAGGAGGGACAACUGUUCAGAGGAGUGUCACAGCAGGUAAAAAGGGCAUAAUGCUUGGCAAAUGGAAGACCAAGUUGCAGCCCUACAGGUUUCUGCUAUUGGGACAUUUUAGUAGAACUAUAGCUGUGGACUGAGUGCUAGUUCAAUAUGCUGGCUCUUUUGGGGUGGGGUGGGGUGGGAAGGGGGAGCCUGCCUCCCAGCAGAUUCAUAACCGGUUAAACAGCAACCCACAACCCACUUUGAUGGUCUUUGAGUCGAAAUAGAUUGUUCCUUCAUCCUCUCUGCAAAUGAUCUAGGAGAGGCCCAGAGGGUCUUAGUACUGACAAGGUAGCAGCCGCGAGCCCUUCUAUCAUCGAGGGUAGGGAGGCUGGUUUCCUAUCUGCUGGCAUAAGGCUUUGAGAUAGUUCACUGGUAGGCAGCUUGUGGGAUGAAUAUGGUUUCCAAAGAGACCUUAAACAGGAAGCAAGGGUGGGGAGGGAGAGGGGAUGGAAAGCCAUCGGUUCAAAGAUGAUGGGAGAGUUCCUGAGGGCACUGAGACCCACAUUAAAAUCUCAUUUGGGCUGGAUUCUAUACAGGAAGAAAAUAAGUUGUGUAACCCUCAGCAAUUUGGCUGUAGGAGUGUGGGCAACAACCAAGCAGCCCUAAAUGGGAAGUUGUGAUAGUGGCCAAAUGUACUCUGACAGAGUACAUGGUCUUUAAAUCCAACAGGCAGUCUAGGAGGGGCCAGACGGCCGGAAAGGGUUAAGCAUCCUGCAGGCUUCACAUGGUCAACCUCAGACAGGACCUGUUUGAUUACGUAUAUAUGGUAAUGCUGUAUUCUGCUAAUUCAGAAA